AUGUCAGAUACUUCUAGCAUCGCCGAACCCAGCGAAUUCGAUACAGAUUCUGGUUCGGAUUUUCACUCGCCAACGGAUAACGAGUCCGAAAGCGAUUCUGGAGAAUCGACUAUGACUGCACCUGGUCUCAACGUAUGCUUUAUGCAAGAAAGACGUCGAGAAACUCUCUUAAGUGGACUGUUGCAUAAGGAAAAAGCUCCAUUGUUACAUAAAAAUAUAAAUGCAGGUGAAGGCUUCACUACGGGCGACGGCUGGAUCACCCCCUGGAAGCAAAGGCAUCCUGAAAAUCCCCUAGCUUUUAAAAACCUUAAUAGAGAUGCACUGCCAGUGUCCUAUCGGCCUCGGAGAGCAGCCUGGAUAGAUUUAGAGUUGUGCAAAGACUGGUUUUUCUCUCAGUUUGUACCUCAAGUACAAAAUCGUUUGAAAAAUAAAAAUCUCCCAUUAGAGAAUAGUAGACUUAGUGACGAUGGAUGUGAUGAAAGCGAUACAGAUGAUGAUGAUAGAUACGAUAUGAUGAAGACAAUCUUCCGCUUUCUGUCUUUAUUAAACCUACCAAAGGAGAAUAUACAGGGUGAGCUCGAAGAUGUUUUGCUAGAAACAGGUAGUUUAAACGCGGAUCAAGCAAGUGAGGAACGCGAAGAGUUUCAAGUUAGGUAUUUUAAAGCCAUUUCUGCCGCGAAAGAUUUAAUUUCCCAUCUCUCACAACCGGUUAAUCCAACAGCGCCGCUGUUUAACCCAUUUGCUGUACAACAGUUGCAGCCAAAUACUAAGUUACAAGCCAUAAAAAUACCGGAGUUUUCGGGGCAAUAUUCAGAAUGGCAGAGAUUUAGAGAUACAUUCACUGCCUUAGUACAUAACAACGGUACAUUACAAAACAUCGAAAAAUAUUACCAUCUUCAAUCCUGUCUGAAAGGUGAAGCUGCGCAAGUCAUUGCAUCUCUACCCCUUUCGGAUGCAAAUUAUGAAACAGCUUUUAACCUACUGUCGGAAAGAUAUGAUAAUAAAAAGGCAAUAAUUAACGCACAUCUUAAAGAAAUCUUUGAUCUACCAUCGUUACAAAAGGAAUCGCAUAUCACGUUACGCAAUUUCUUAGAUACGUUUUUAAAAAAUUUACGAGCCAUGGAAAGCUUAGGCGAAUCCAUCGAAAGUGCAAGCACAAUUUUAAUAUACUUUUUAAAUUCCAAACUGGAUUUUUCUACAAAACGCGAGUGGGAAAAUUUUAGUAAAGACAUAACUAAGCCCAAAAUUAACGACUUUUCCAAGUUUUUGACACAAAGAUGUCAGGUUUUAGAGGCUUUAGACACGAAAUCAAGCGGAAAUCUGGUAUGUCGACAAAAACAAAGUUUCCAAUCUUUUGAACAUUCUAGUCCUAUUUGUCAUAUAUGCAAUAAUAAACAUUUUAGAUAUGUAUGUCAGAAAUUUAAAUCUUUACCAGUGUCGUCUCGUUUUGAGGAGGUAAAGCGGUUAUUUCUUUGUACAAACUGUUUAAGAAAAGGACAUAGAAACUCUGAGUGUAGAUCAUCAGGUUGUAGGAUUUGCAAUGGUCGACAUUCAACCCUUUUACAUCAAUCAGGGGCGUCCACUUCAACAAAUGUUGAAAAACGCAACAACAGUAAUCCUUCAAACCCUAGACCUCAAACAAAUGUCAAUAUUUCACAAGUAUCUUCUGCAACAGACCAAGGUAAUAUGAAUCAGCGUAUCAAUAAUACUCCAAAUGAAACCCAAAAUUGUACAGUGUUGUCACAUUAUUCUCAAAAACUGUCCCAACCUUUUGUUUUAUUAGCGACAGCGCUAAUUCAUAUUUUUGACGCAAAUAAUACUCCCGUUUCAUGCCGAGUCUUACUGGAUAGCGGCUCACAAUCAAAUUUUAUAACCCGAGAAAUGGUAACACGAUUAAAGUUACGCACACGAAAUGUAAAUAUGCCAGUUUCUGGAAUAAACCAAAUUAAAACGACAAUCCAUGAACAAGUUAACACAACAAUCUCUUCUAUCCGCGAUACAUACAAAUCAAAUAUCUCAUGCUUAGUGAUUGAUAAAAUCAGCGAUUUCACACCACAAAUGUCGUUUGACAUAUCAAAUUUAAAAAUACCCGAUCUUCCACUCGCUGAUCCCGAUUUUAACGUCGCUUCGAACAUAGAUAUGCUUAUUGGAUCUUCGAUUUUUUAUAGUUUACUUACCCAAGGUCAAAUAAAAAUGGGAAAAGGUUUACCUGUCCUACAGAACAGCGUUCUUGGCUGGAUUGUAGCUGGCAACAUUCCCAUAAAUCAACACCAAUCAAAAUGUUUCUUCUUAAACACAGACGCUUGCCAAGAUGAUUUCAAUUUAAACUCACAAAUUGAAAGAUUUUGGAAAGUUGAGGAAGUUCCUGAGAUAGCUGAAAAAUCUUGGACUUCUGAAGAACGCGAGUGUGAACAGCAUUUUGUGAACACUUUCGUUAGAAACGACCAGGGUAGAUUUAUACUCAAACUACCAUUAAAAGGUAAUUUUUCGGUUCUUGGGGAUUCAGAAAACCGUGCUUUAAAUAGACUAUACUCCGUGGAACAAAGAUUGUCGAAAAACGAAAACUUAAAAAUACAAUAUAGCGAUUUUAUGCACGAAUAUGAAAAACUCGGUCACAUGAGACAAAUUUCAAGAGAUCAAGUGUCAUCAACACCGAUUUAUUAUUUACCUCACCAUAGUGUCAUUAAAUUAGAUAGUGUUACGACUAAAAUCAGGGUGGUGUUUGACGCUAGUGCUAAAACUACUUCAAAUAUAUCUUUAAUGGAUGGUCCGAUUUUACAAAAUGAGCUAUUUUCAGUUUUGUUAAGAUUUCGAAGACACACGACCGCAUUUAUUGGCGAUUUGACGAAAAUGUACCGCCAGAUAUUAAUACAUCCUGAACAUCAAAAUUUACAACGAAUAGUUUGGCGAGAAAAUCCACAAGAUGAAGUUAAAUAUUAUAAUUUACAAACGCUAACUUAUGGCGAAAAACCAGCUUCAUUUUUAGCUACGCGUUGUCUUAAACAAAUUGCAAUAGAAAAUAUCCAUGAAUACCCCACUGAAUGCGACAUAAUAAAUAAAGAUAUGUAUAUGGAUGACAUCUUAACAGGUGCUUCGGAUAGCACAGACUUAAUCAAAAUUCGCGAAAAUCUAUCUAACAUUUUGUUAAAAUACGGAUUUGAAAUACGGAAAUUUCAAUCUAACGAUGUUAAUUUUUUAAAUACUAUAUCGGCUACUUCGGAUACGCAGUACUUGAUCACGGAUGACUCAUCUACUAAAACGUUAGGCGUAUGCUGGAUUCCUUCUUUAGAUAUUUUUUCGGUAUAA